UGGACCGGAAGCAUGCUGUCAUGACUUCAGUCAUGGCGGCGCCCUCCAGCAACGAUAUCAAGUCAAGGCAAUGAGAGGAGAACUAAGAGAUACAAGCAUAGUCUGAUGUUUGAUGCUUUUAUUCAUCCUGUAUGUCUUUGAUCUCAUGGGAGUCUCCGCAUUGCGACUGAAUGCGACCAUCCAUGAGUCAUAACGUUGCUGCUCCGCACUUCUGUCCUCACUUCGUCUAUGGGCAAUCACUAUUGAUAAUGAAACUAUGAUGUUGUUGCAUAUGUGGAACCAUGUCAACACAAGACAACUUGCACUUAAGAUACUUGGCCUCCGAUGCCACAAACACUCCCGUGCAUGUGUGGGACUGUUGGGUGAGAAAGCCCAGAGGUCCGAGUAUAAACACUGUAGGCUCUGCUCCACAUCUGCACCACCCUGGAGGAUUCUGUUUUUUGGGACGGAUGAUUUUGCACUGGAGUCCCUUAAGUCUCUGACAGCCACCAGGGGAUCUAAUGAAAGCGUUGUGGCGUCUCUGGAGGUUGUUGCUCUGUCCAACAACGUUCCCGUGAAGAAGUUUGCGGACCAAAACGGACUUCCCGUCCACAUCUGGCCUGUCGUAGACCUCCAGGGUCGCUUUGAUGUCGGGGUGGUGGUAUCGUUCGGCUGCUUACUCAAAGAGCGACUCAUACGCCAAUUUCCAUUGGGAAUCCUCAACGUGCACCCGAGCCUGUUGCCACGGUGGCGAGGUCCAGCGCCGGUGUUCCAUACCGUCCUGCACGGAGACGCCAUCACAGGGGUCACCAUCAUGCAGAUUCGGCCCUGUAGGUUUGAUGUGGGGCCCAUACUCCGCCAGGAGACUUACUCUGUGCCCACACACUGCACUGCUGACCAGCUAGGGGCUACCCUUGCCACCAGGGGGGCCCAUCUGCUGAUGGACACACUUAAGACACUUCCAGAGAGACUUGCUAACAAAGUGGAGCAAAACCAGACGGGAGCAACAUCAGCUCCCAAAAUUAGUAUUUCAAUGAGCUGGGUGUCGUGGGAGGACCAGACCUGUGGAGAGAUCGAUCGUCUGUUUCGUGCCAUUGGCUCACGGAUUCCCUUGAGAACCCUAUGGAUGGGAAAGACCAUCAAACUUCUGGACUUUGUUGGAAAAUGUGACAUUUCGUUAUCAGGUCAUGGAAGGCCACCAAUUCCUGGUUCGAUCAUCUAUCUUAAAAUGUCAAACACGUUGGCAGUCUGUUGCAAGGACGACUGGGUGGGAUUCAAGGCUGUUGUAUUGAAGAAACGGCUGUCAGCAGCAGACUUCUACAAUGGAUACAUGCACCACGGCCUAACGGGAAAGCCUUCACAUCAGCCAGAACAAUGCUUGUUCAUCAGCAACAGAACUGAAACAUCUAAAGGCACAGAACUGAAAGAAACGAUAGCAUAGCUUUUGAGGUGUCAAUAAAAUACUAAUUUUGUUGCUCUGUAUUUAGUAUGUCUGUUUUAAGACAUUUCCCUGUACAAAUGUGUUGAUCUGAAAUUCCAAAGGUGUGAUACAUAAAUGUACCGUUAAUUGAAAACAUUUAUUUCUAUAAAUAAACAAAAACAAGGUCAUAAAACAUAUGGCAUGUAUAAUUUCUCUGGUAUGUGAUGAGGUCCGUUAUAGCACAUUCUAGUUGCUGUGGAACAACUGCACUAGGAAGUUGGGCAGGAAGGCGAAUAUAAUGCGUGGUGCAU